AUGCGACAGAGCCCAGGGCCGCAUCGCGCUAAGUGGCAGCAGAACUCCUAUGCGGAUUCCAAACAGCGUGCAGUGGAAUACUCCGUUGGAGACAACGUGUGGCUCAGCAACAUACACCUACCCACCCUGAACAACUGUUCCAUGUUUGAACCCCGCUACCAGGGCCCCUUUCAUAUAAAGGGACGCACAGGAUCCAUGGCCUACCGCCUUGCUGUGCUGCCUACCUAUGAGUGUCACAACGUCUUCCGUGUGCCGCAACUCGUUCCUCACUGCCCCCGCGAGCCUGACGGGGUUCCGCAGGAAGCGACCGUGGGGUGGCCCCGUACCCGUGACGUUGCUGGCAACUUGACUGACCACUACCCUGUGGACAAAAUCCUUGGUCAGAGAGGCUCUGGCGAUGACGCCUAUUACCUCGUGAAGUGGAGCGAUGCCCGCGAACCAUGCGCUGCAUGGGAACCAGCCCAGCUCCUUGUCGGACGCCCCGUCUUGGUACGCGCCUGGCGACGCCGCCAGCAUCGCCAACUACGUGCCCAGCCCAACCCUCUACCGCUCACCACCCCCAUCUCCCCUAAAGCUCUUCCGUAG